AUGCAAAAAGGCUGGCCCCCUUCCUUAAAGGCCUUAUCAGAACCGGAAGUCAAAUCAUUCUGCGACCGACAAGACUCACUCAGUCUCUGCCAAGGGUGCAUUUCAGGGCUGGAUUACGAUGUAACCUCCUAUGUCAAAACGUGUCGAAAUUGUGCAAUUGCUUUAAAAUCCGCUCCAAUUUCGAAACCGUCACUAUGGCCCACUCCGAGCAAAUCAUGGGAAAGGGUUCACAUAGACUAUGCUGGACCUUUGGACGGAGAAUGCUUCCUGCUGGUCAUCGACGCCUUCACCAAGUGGCCUGAAAUUGUUGAGACACAUCGUACGACAUCCAUCUCAACGAUUCGCAUUCUGAAGGAUCUGUUUGCUCGAAUGGGUAUACCAACUACACUCCUCAGCGAUAAUGGAAAUCAAUUUACAAGUGAAGAGUUUCAAACGUUCUGCUUGGAAAACGGCAUCGAUCAUCUGACCACUGCACCGUUCCACCUACAAAGCAACGGUCAGACGGAACGCUUUGUAGAUACGUUCAAGCGUGCAAUCAGAAAAGUUCAGGAGGGAAGGACAACCGUUCGAGAAGCAUUGGCCACCUUCCUUCAAAAAGGAGGAUUAUCUCCAGGAAGAUCCGAAAAUCGCCGUAACAUCCGGUAUUGCCAGAUUUACUACAUGUUUCUUAGGUUAAACCCAGGGUAG